AUGGACAGUAGUCAACGAUGCGAAUUCGAUGCCACAGACGACUGCGGCGAGAUCGACAAUCUGGACAAGCUGCACUGGUGGCAGAAGGCAAGUAUCUAUCAGGUUCUGGUCCAGAGCUUUCAAGACACCAACGGUGAUGGCAAAGGCGAUCUGCGCGGUGUGGUAGAGCGGCUUGAUUAUUUCGUUGCCCUGGGUGUGGAUGUGGUAUGGAUAUCGCCCAUUUAUGAAUCGCCUAUGUGUGAUAUGGGGUAUGAUAUCAGUGACUAUCGAAAGGUCAAUCCGAUCUUUGGAUCCAUGGAGGACUUGGAGCUCCUUGUUCAAGAGGUUCAUCAACGAGGUCUGAAGAUUAUUUUUGAUAUUGCGCUCAAUCACACCGCAUCUACUCACGAAUGGUUCCAAACAUCCAGAAAGGCUCGCAAGAAUCCUAGCCUGGGGAAGCGGGAUUGGUAUUUCUGGAGUGUGGGAAAGCUCGACGACAACGGCAAUCGGGUGCCUCCAAACAAUUGGGAGAGCACAUUCACCGGCUCAACGUGGGAGUAUGAUGAGCUGGCCGGGGAAUUCUACUUACAUAUCUUUGGGAAGAACCAGCCCGAUCUCAACUGGGACUGCGAGGAGGUCAGACAGGAACUAUACAGCGUGUUGAGGUUCUGGCUGGACAAGGGAAUUGAUGGGUUUCGAUUAGAUACGAUGAAUUUGGUCUCCAAAACCUCGGACUUCCCCGAUGCGCCCAUCUCCAAAGGUGGUUGUCACUGGCAGCCUGCAAACUAUUUGUUUGCGAACGGUCCACGCAUCCAUGAUUAUCUACAGGAGAUGUAUGAGCAAGUAUUCGCUCAUUACGAUGUGGUGACCUUGGCCGAGAUGUCCUGCGGCGUCACCCCAGCUCAAGCAGUUGAGUAUACCUCCCGUCACAAGCCGCGACCAGAGUUGAACCUCAUUAUUCAAUUUCAACACGUCGAGCUGGACUGCCAUGAUGGCGACAAGUGGAUGCUCCGGGAGUGGGAGCUGCCGGAGCUGAAGCGCGUGAUUGCCGAGUGGCAAGAAACACUAGUCAACAAUGGUGGGUGGAAUACCGUGUGGAUGGAGAACCACGACCAGUCGCGAGGCAUCUCGCGAUUCACCACCAACUCGCCGAGAUUCCGAGCGUUGUGUGCAAAACUUUUGGCUCUGUGGCAGUUCACUUUGCAGGGGACCAACCUGAUCUUUCAAGGGCAGGAGCUGGGGAUGGUCAAUCCGAACACCUUUUCGGAGGACAUGAACCAGGAUAUCGAAACAGUCCAGUAUUGGAAUGCGGCAUGCGAGGACGCCAUUGACGGCGAGUCUCACAAGCUCGAGCUGGCGAAAAAAGCCAUCGUCCAGAAAGGGCGAGACAACACCCGCAUACCAUUCCCUUGGUCCGACGAUCCCCACGGCGGGUUCUGUCCCCCCAGCAGCAAGCCAUGGAUCCCAGCAUUCAACCACGAAAGCGAGUGGUGCGGCGCCCACCAACAGCGAUGUCCCGAGUCGGUGUGGUCAUUUUAUCGGUCGAUGAUUCUGAUGAAAAAGGCACACCCCUCGUUGUACCAUGGGUCCUUCGAGUGUCUUGAUUUCGAUAAUCCGCUUGUUUGGGCCUACAAGCGGCGGUCAAAACAUACCUGCUAUCUCACAGUGCUCAACUUCAGCCCUGGGGCCACUUCGUGGCGGUAUGUGGAUCAUGGGGUGGACCUGGCGCGGUCCAAGAUGCUCAUCUCCAACCAUCAAACGUGCGAGGCAACAUUCACCCCAGAUAUCAUCUUGCUGCGGCCAUUCGAGGGACGCUUGUAUCAGCUUGCAGUGGAGUAG